AUGUCGACUUUUGCUUUCUUGGUCGUGUGCGUUCAAGCUUGCUUGAUUCAGAAUGUCUACAGUCAAUGCAUUGGCGCACCCGUGGGUCCCGCGGCAUAUCCAGGCUUGGCAAACCAAGGCCUUGCUUUAAGUCAGGCUGGUUUAGUAGGACCAGCUCUAGCUAACCCCGCUCUUGCAAAUCCCGGUUUAGCCCCCUUCGCUAACAUCGCUGGUGCCUAUGGAGGUUCUGGUAUCGGCGAUGUAGCCGUAGCCGGAGAGAUGCCAGUAGCUGGUACCACUAUGGUAGCGGGACAGGUGCCCAUACUCGGUGCUGUACGCUUCGCGGGUGACCUACCAGCUGGUGGUGUGGUCUCUAUCGCUGGUAGCUGCGGAUGUGGAGCCGCUGGUCCAAUCAUAUACUAA